UAGCCUGGGAGCGAACCUCCAUAUACCACACGUGCGGCCCUAAAAACCAAAAAAAAAAAGAACAAAAGAAUGCUGACAUUUUCCUAACUUAGCUGUUCUAAAGUUUAAAUCACCAAGGACAAAUUAGGAAGAGCCACAAGAGCCACGACACUACCUUACAUCGUUACUUGACGCCUCCUUAAAAGCAGCAGCCCUGAGCCCGCAGGUGCCUGGAGUACGCAUCCGUAAUCCUUGCGAGCGUGCGUGCGCAGCCUCAGUGCGCUGCUCUCGGCUGGCGCGGCCCCACCCCCGCACGCCCCCGCCUGGGCCCCAGGCCUUGGGGGUCACGUGAGCAAGGAAGCGGCUCCCGCCAAGCCAGGGCAAUGGCGCAGCGGCGACCGCGCAAGCGCAGUGUGGAGCGCGAGUGGCCGAGGCGCGCGAGGCAAGUCUCCGCACGUGCGCGACAGCGGGCUGAGGGCGAGUUGAGGGCGAGCCGCGGUGGCGCGGGCGGAGGGCGGAGGCCCAGCAUGUGGGGCCGGGAGCACUUUUCUAGAACUUCCGUGGCGGAAAGCGUGAGUUUUUCAGGAAUUGUCCAAAUGGAUGAAGAUACACAUUACAAUAAAGUUGAAGAUGUGGUUGGAAGUCAUGUGGAAGAUGCAGUAACAUUUUGGGCACAGAGUAUCAGUAGAAAUAAGGAUAUUAUGAAGAUUGGUUCUUCACUGUCUGAAAUUUGUCCCCAUGCCAAUUCAGUUUUUGGGAAUCUUGAUCCAAAGAAGAUUUAUGGUGGAUUAUUUUCUGAAGAUAAAUGUUGGUACAGAUGCAAAGUACUGAAAGUCAUCAAUGAUGAAAAGUGUCUGGUGAGAUAUAUUGACUAUGGAAAUACUGAAAUUUUAAAUCGAUCUGAUAUAGUUGAGAUUCCUUUGGAUCUGCAAUUUUCUAGUGUUGCCAAAAAAUACAGACUUUGGGGAUUACAGAUUCCUUCUGGCCAAGAGGUUACCCAGUUUGAUCAGGGCAGAACGUUUUUGGGGAGCUUGAUUUUUGAAAAGGAAAUAAAAAUGAGGAUUAAAGCAACCUACCAAGAUGGGACGGUUAUUGCUCAGGCUGAGUAUGGCAGUGUGGAUAUAGGGGAAGAGGUGGCUAAGAAAGGAUUUGCAGAAAAAUGCAGACUUACUUCCAGCACCAGCAUCUCGGAGGAAAAAAAAUCGGAUCCUGGUCAGCUUGUCCUCAGGAACCUCAAAAACCCCAUUCCCUUGUGGGGGCAUAGAUCGAACCAGUCAACCUUCAGCAGGCCAAAGGGGCGCUUAAGCGGGAGGUUGCCUCUUGAGCUGAAGAAUGAGAAUGAUUCAGGAAAUCAUGUGACAUUUCCAAAGGAAAAUUUGGCUGUUGGUGACUUUAAUUUAGGGUCUAAUGUCAGCUUGGCAAAAAUAAAGCAGGACCAGAAACUGAUAGAAGAAAAUGAAAAGCUUAAAACAGAGAAGGAGGUUCUUCUGGAAAGGUAUAAGGCGUUAGAAUUGAAAGUAGAACAGACCGCUCUGGAGCUGCAGAUUUCUUAUUGCUAUGAUUUCCUUCUCCUGUGUUUACCUUUUCAAGAGAAAGCAACUACUGUGGAUUUGACUAAACACUUAGAAAGCACUCUAAAGACUCGUGUAGGUACCAGAAUGAAAAAUCUGGCAGCUAAGGUUGAAAUGUUGAAAGAAAUUCGACGUGUCAAUAUCAAUAUUCGUUUUGGAAAUGACCUUUCAGAUGCUAUACAAGUGUUGGAUGAAGACCGCUUUACUAUACCAGCUUCUUUGAAUGAACUGGAGAUAAUUUGGGCAGAAUACAGUCUGGCUCAGGAGAAGAUUCGAAGUUGUCAGGAUGUGAAUGAAGGGAGUAUUUUGGUUGCCGAAAGAAAUGAAGUACAACAGAAGCUGUACAUGGCAGUAGAAAUUUUUAUCCUGGAAGUUGAUGAGUUACCUCUUAAUAAACGCUUGAAAACACUGCAGGAUUUGUCAGCCUCUCUAGAAGCAGUGUAUGGACAAGCCAAAGAGGGGACAGACUCUGAAGAAAUACUUAAGAAAUUUUAUGAUUGGAAGUGUGAUAAAAGAGAAGAAAUCACCAGUGUUAGAAGUGAAACAGAGGUUUCUCUGCAGCGUCUCGUAUCAUGGUUCCAGAGUACCUUAAAGGCCUUUGAUCUCUCUGUGGAAGAAUCACUGACUUCUGAAGACACAAUUGGUAAUAUUGAUGAACUCCUGGAGAACACUGAGUCAAGUGUCUGCAAAGAGCUAGAGAUAUCUCUCAUUGAGCAAGGUGAUGCCGACAAGGAGAUCAUUUUCAAUACGUAUAGCCAAGUACUGCAGAGGAUCCAUUCAGAGGAAAGGCUCAUUGCCACGGUACAGUCCAAGUACAAGGACAGUGUCGAGUUUAAGAAGCAGGUUAUUGAAUGUUUAAAUGAGAGCCCCAACGUGGAUCACUUGCUGUCCAUUAAAAAGACACUGAAAAGCUUGAAGGCUCGACUGAGAUGGAAAUUAGUUGAAAAGAAUAAUUUGGAAGAAUCUGAUGACCAUGACGGAUCUGAGAUUGAGAUAAUAAAGCAAGAAAUAACUCAAUUGCGGAAUAGUGUCUUUCAGGAAAUUUAUCAUGAGCAGGAGGAAUAUGAGAAGCUGACUAGCUUGGUAAAGAAAUGGUUCCCUGAGCUUCCUCUGCUUCAUCCUGAAAUAGGAUUACUCAAGUACAUGAACUCUGGUGGUCUUCUUACGAUGAGCUUGGAAAGGGAUCUUCUUGAUACUGAGCCCAUGAAGGAACUUAGCAGCAAGCGUCCUUUGGUAUGUUCUGAGGUUGACGGGCAGAUAAUUCUUUUAAAGGGCUAUUCUGUGGAUGUUGAUACAGAAGCCAGGGUGAUUCAGAGAGCAGCAGCCUAUCACAGAGCUUGGAAAGAAGCUAAAGAACAGUCUGGGUUGCUACCAUUGAUAUUCCUAUUUUUAUGUAAGUCUGAUCCUAUGGCUUAUCUGAUGGUCCCAUACUACCCUAGAGCAAAUCUGAGGGCUAUUCAAUCCAGCAUGCCUUUAACUUCAGAAGAGGCUUUGAAGGUGAUGAAAGGUGUCGCGCAGGGUCUGCAUACCUUGCACAAGGCCGACAUCAUUCACGGAGCACUUCAUCAGAACAACGUUUUUGCUUUAAACCGUCAGCAAGGAAUUGUUGGAGAUUUUGACUUCACCAAAUCUGUGAGUCAGCGAGCCUCAGUCAGCAUGAUGGUUGGUGAUUUGAGUUUGCUGUCACCUGAACUGAAGAUGGGAAAGCCUGCUUCUCCAAGUUCUGACUUGUAUGCUUAUGGCUGCCUUUUACUGUGGCUUUCUGUUCAAAAUCAGGAAUUUGAGACAAAUGAGGAUGGAAUCCCAAAAGUGGAUCAGUUUCAUUUGGAUGAUAAUGUCAAAUCCCUCCUUUGUAGCUUGAUAUAUUGUAGAAGUUCAGUUACUGCUGAGCAGGUUUUGAAUGCUGAAUGUUUCUUGCUACCAAAGGGGAAAUCAGCUCCGAACACAGAAAAAGAUACUGAAUACACCCAAAAGAAAGAGGAAGAAUUAAAGGUGGAGAACUUGGAUAAAAAUAAGUAAAAGAUGAGAAAUGGUGAAACCAACUUUGACUGAUAGAUUAGUAUUCUUUUGUUGUUGCGGAUAUUCCUUUUAAAAACUUGUUUAGUUUGGUUAAAUAAACAGAAAAAAGUCUGGAAGUGUUCUGGAGCUAGUUGGGUUAUGUCUUUGGCAUUCCAGUUGUGAAAAAUAAAAGAUGUUUGGCUAUGCAAAAAA